GCUCCGUGGGGGCCGCAGAGCGCCUGCGCAGCUCUCCGGAGGUGGCUGGCUGCCGGGCUUCCUAAGGACUGGCCUCCGUCCGGGUCCGCUGUGUCUGGAUCCCGGGAGGCUGGGGACCGGGGGUCCGCCCCGAGCGGUCGGAGCGCGCCGGAGCUGGGAAGGGGCCCCCAGGAGGCCGGCCGCAGCCACGUCACGCCCAAGGUCACGCUGCAAAUGGCAGCCGUGGAGAUCUCGCUCUAACAGCGGGCUACCUGGACUUUGUCCCCAUCGAGCCCUGGAGGUGAGGAGGAAGGCCGAGAAAUUCAGGCUUGCAGCCCAGAGGCCUCAGCCCCGGCUUCCAGAAAUGGAAGACGCUGUGGGUCGGGAGCCAGAGCUCUUUGUUCUAGUCUUAGCCGGGCCCGUGACUCCCGGCGUGGCUUUGCGCGAGUUCCCGCCCCUCACUGGGCCUCCAUGUACCCACCAGUAAAGUGGGAGGGUUUUUGGAUGGCUCUCCCUAAUUUCCAGAUUGACUUAAAUUCAUUUCCUUGUCAGACUUCCGCUACGGCUUGCCCCCGGCUUCGCCAGCCACUGCCCUUCCUCAGCAGCAACUUGGCUGUACUCUGAAACUCUGGACCCUCAGGUUUCCCCCAGACCACCUGGGAUUGUCUGGAAUCGACUGUGUGGGGCAAGAAGCUGCACCCAGCCUCCCGACAGCAGGCUGAGGACUCGCUUCUUGGGCAUGGAGUCAGUAAUCCUUUUACUGGCUCCCCACCUAGGCAGACCUUGUUACCGCCAGUAAAGACGCAUCAGAGGCUUAGAGACAGGACCUGGUUCUGUCUGCCUUUGGCUCUGUGCUGUGCCGAUUCACCCAAAUCAGAUUGUUUUAAAAUCCAAAUUUGUCUAAGCAUGAUGCAGUAGAAGGGAGCACUGGCCAGAGUCUGGAAGUUUGGGUUCUGGUGCUGGCUGUGUACCUUAGGCUAGUAUCUGCUCCUCUCUGACUCAGUCUUCCCUGAUAAACAAGGGGUCUGUCACAUGGUCUGCAAGGACCCUGUGUCUUUGGUAUUGUUAACAAUAGUAAUAGCAAUCAUAAUUGUUUCCUUACCUUGACCUACAAGGCCCUGCCACAGUGGGCCCUGUCUACCCAAAGCAGCAGACUUGCCGUUGACCUACCUCGGGCCUUUGCACUUGGUGUUUCCAGUGCCAGGAACACUUAACCACCUCCAUUUCCUGCAUAGUCAUUCUUCAGAUCUCCCCCAAAACUUGACUUACUUAGGAAGUUCAACACAGAUGGGAUCCCUGGGUGUAUAUCCUUAUGGCACAUGCUGACUUUGUUAUACUUCAGUGUUUGUAUAGUUCUUUGUCUAAUAUCUGUGUCUCGUAUUCUUUAAAGCCUGUAAAUGCCAGGAGGGCUGGAAACCUAUCCUGUUCCCUAGCAUCUAGCACAUAGUAGGUGCCCAGAAAUUUGUGGAAUGAACGGAUGAUCUCAUUUCAUGCAACAGUCUCGUGAGGUUGGCACAUCGUGCUCCUCUUCAGUCAGGAGACAGAGAUUCAGAGAGUGACACUCCUAGGGUCACACAGUAAGUGGGAAGUGCCAGAAUUUGAACCCAGUCUGGCUCUGACCCCAAGGUCUGAACUUCUACCUCACUGCCGUCUCAUUCCAGGAUCUUCUGCUGUGAGGACGUGCCACAACUCUGGCCCACAAGGCCCGGAGAGAGAAGACCUUUAGGCCCAUGGCGCAUCGGCUGCAGAUACGACUGCUGACAUGGGACGUGAAGGACACACUGCUCAGGCUCCGCCAUCCUGUGGGAGAGGAAUACGCCACCAGGGCCCGGGCCCACGGGCUGGAGGUGGAGGCCGCCGCUCUGGGACACGCCUUCAGGCAGGCCUACAGGACUCAGAGCCACAGCUUCCCCAACUACGGCCUGAGCCAAGGCCUCACCUCCCGCCGGUGGUGGCUGGAUGUGGUCUUGCACACCUUCCAGCUCGCGGGUGUUCGAGACGCGCAGGCUGUGGCCCCCAUCGCUGAGCGGCUGUACGAGGACUUCUGUAAGCCGUGCACCUGGCAGCUGUUGGAGGGGGCCGAGGCCACCCUGAGACGGUGCCGAGAACGAGGUGUGAGGCUGGCAGUGGUCUCCAACUUUGACCGGCGGCUGGAGGACAUCCUGAGGGGGCUGGGCCUGCGGGAACACUUUGACUUUGUGCUGACCUCUGAGGCUGCCGGCUGGCCCAAGCCUGACCCCCGGAUUUUCCGCGAGGCCUUGCGGCUUGCUCGAGUGGACCCGGCAGGAGCAGCCCACAUUGGGGACAGUUACCACUGUGAUUACAAGGGGGCCCAGGCUGUAGGGAUGCACAGCUUCCUGGUGGUUGGCCCAGAGCCCUUAGACCCUGCGGUCAAGGGUUCUGUACCCCAAGAAUGCCUCCUCCCCUCACUGUCCCAUCUCCUGCCUGCCCUUGACCGCCUGGAGGGCUCACCUCUGGAACUUUGAGUCUGACGAGGGAAGUCGAGGGAAGUCGAGGGGAGUGGCUCCAGCCAACUAGAAAGCUCCUUCCUUUCUGAGAUCAGGCCUUUGCCUCUCUCCCUGCGGCGUCCACAUGCGUUCUGACUAUAAAGCGGUGAAUGCAGGGCUUUGAGCCCGUCUCCACGCCUCUCAGGUGAUUUAUUUGUCACACCUGUGUCUUUCCCCACCCCACCCCCCACCCCCACCUACAAGAUUCACUGAGGGCCCAACUAGCUUCAGAACCGGGCACAUUCAAAAAUUUGUUUUAGCAGCAGGGCCCUAUUGUUAUGGGAGAUCUUACUGGAACCCCAAUGUGCAAAACAGCAAAAGCAAGAAACUUCUAGGGUUGAAACAGGUUAGCCCCACAGUCGGGCCCUGAAGCCUCUAUGACUCCCUGUGGGAAGCAGGAGAUCGGAGGAGCUUAGUUUGGAAAACUGGGGUGCUAAGCUGUGCUGUAGGGACAUGUCCUCUAGGACUAUAUAGUGUAAAUAGGAUCUCAGAGAAGGAGCACCCAAAUUACAUCAUGAGAAGAAACUUCUUUCAUGCUUGCCAUGUGUUGUUAGUCCUUUACAUGCAGAUAGAACCCUCAAAGCUAGCUAAUGGGCAGAGGUAGCGGGACGUGCACUUUACAAAUGAGAAACGUUCAGAAGUUAAGUAGCCUGCCUGACGUUGCAAGGAGAGUUGUGGCCCUUGAGACGGUGCAGUGGUGAUCGUGGGAGAACAGGGAGGCUGUUCCACAGGAGGCCGGUUUUGAAGAGCACCCGAGUCACAGGUGUUAGCAUGGAGGUAGGAGAGCACAGGGAACGGGGACAGGAGCUUGAGGUGGCAGGAGUGUAGGACACAUGCGGGGAAUGACUAGAGACUGAAGGAAGUAGGCUGGGUUUUAAAAAUUCCAUGUCCCUUCCUGCCUCUCCCCUCUUCACACUCCUCUCACACCUGCUUGGUACUUACCAGACGCUUGUAUUCCUUGCCUACUGCCAGGCACACACACGGUGUUAGGUUCUGGUGCCAGCUGCUGGGGAGGGCUCCCGAGUGGCCCCGAACUGCGGUGACAUUUAGGUGGGCAGAGGAGUAAGAUGCCUUCCUGGCAGGUGGCCCAUGAACUACGGACCGAGGGCUGCCAUGGAGAGUUAGAUUGGCAAUUUGGGGGCAUGGUGUGGGGGGUGCCUUCGGGUGCUGGGUUGAAAAGGUGGGCUCUGACCCAGGAUUCUGGGCAGAGAUUGUGCCCAUGUGAGGGGAGGGAGGCUCUUCUCAGACUUGGCCAAACUUCCAGGUUGGUACGAAGCCCAGGUGACAUUAAUUCCCAAGUAUCAGGCAGUGAGGACGUGGGUUGAGCUGUACUCUCAGAGCUGCAAGGGCCUCAGAAGUACCUGAACCGAAAAAGUUGCCAUUCGAUCUGUGGACUGGAUCUGAUCUACCCAGUGUUUGGAGUAAAUUAUUGAGCAAACUUAAGAGUGGGGAGGGCUCUGGCCCCCAUCUUUGAGCCCAGGGGCCUGAAGUUGUAGGUAAGAUUGCCUCUGAACUGUGUUCCUAAAUAAAACAGGAAUGUGAGCA